AUGGAACUCGCUAUUGUAUUGGGUUUAUUAGGUUUUGAGCCUGCUGGAAAAUCCAGAUUGAAUCAACUUUUACCCAGAGUAACUUGUGAGGGAUGCACUGCUUUUAGAGAUGCAGUCAUCAAGGGGAAUUAGUUAAUGUUGGAACUUUUUGCUUUAUUUUGUUAGCAAGGAAUGCAUGAAAAGUUUAAAUUUGUUCAUGUUAUUCUGACCGAUGGAGAAGAUAACAAAUCAUAAACAAGUUUAUAAGACUUUCUUGUAUAUUAAUAAUUUCUUUAAUAAAAACUCCCACCAAACAUACUUUAAACAUUUUAUAUAGGUGUGAAUGUAGAGAACAACAAUACGGUUUAACAAGAAAUGUCAGCAAUUUUAAAAUGUAGUGGAAAGUCUGCUUCGUAUUAUCCCGUAAGUAGUAAUUAAAUUAAUGACAUCUUUUAAAAAAUUUAAAUGCAGAUUGGUAUCAGAGUUUAAGAAUAAGGAGUUAUAAUCCAAAAUAGCUAAGCUAGAAUUGCUUUAAGGUAAUAAACUUAUUAGCCAGUGGUGUCAAUGUAAGUUAACAAUUACAUUCUGCUUUUCACUCUUGAUGUCUCUGGAUCAAUGAGUGAUCAUUGGUAUAAGGUGUGCUCUGCAGUUAGAAGCUUUCUUGAUACUCUUGGAUCAGGUGAUUUGGUACUAGGAAUUACAUUCAAUGAUAAUGUAUAAGUGUUAACUGCAAAGUAAUAAUAAGCAGCCAAAAAGACUUAAUAGACUUCCACUCCUCAAAGAACCAAAAGUUCUCAGCCUUAAUAAUAAAUAAAGUAGACGGAGAGAACAGGGGUAGAUAGUUGCUGUUGCCAAAUCUUUUGA